UCAUUCUACCUGCAUUUUAAAGUCAGGUAACUGAAUGAAUAAGACAUUCAAAUACAGAUUAUACGGCGGUUCAGAAUUCUUACUGUUGGCAGCCAUGGCUUAUGACAGGUAUGUGUCUAUAUGUAAACCUCUGCAAUAUCCAACUAUCAUGAGAAAAACCACUGUCAGUAUUUUCUUGGUUUUGGCUUGGCUUGUGCCUGCUUGUCAAGUCGCAGGGUCAACUACAUUGAGUGCUAACAGAAAAAUCUGUAACUUUACAUUGAAAGGAAUCUUUUGUAACAAUUCAAUUUACAAACUUCACUGUGUGAGUUCAAGAGCGCUAUCUGCGUAUGGUGUGAUUAUUUUGUUGAAUAUUGUAUUUUUUCCAAUGCUCUACAUAUUUUUCACGUACACAAAGAUAUUCAUAAUAUCCUAUCGAAGUUGUAGAGAAGUCAGGACAAAAGCUGCACAGACCUGUUUACCCCACCUGUUGGUUCUAAUCAACUUUUCAUUGUUGUGUACAUAUGAUAUUAUUAUACUUAGACUGGAAUCAGAUAUUCCAAAAACUGCACAUUUAAUAAUGACUUUACAGGUGGUUUUGUAUCAUCCUCUCUUCAAUCCAAUCAUAUAUGGCCUAAAAAUGAAAGAAAUCUCUAAACAUCUAAAGAGGUUGUUCUGUAAAGUAAAUCAAGUAAAAUGAUCUGCUGUAUAAAUGCUGACAAAUAAUGUACAGUCAUUUAUUCUUAAUAAUGUGUUGUAGAGAUAUGAUUUGUAUGGUCCUUGAAAAGUAUUUUUAAUGUUUUGUUUUGAUAACUAACAUACAGUAAAGAGUCAGCUUCAUCAAUGUAAUGAUGGAUCAAUUUGACAGUUAUUCAAAAGUCUAUUUUAUUCUAUCAGGUAAUCAUAAGUUUCAUUACUCAUUUAUAAUUUUCCCUUCAAUUAGUCGUACCGAAACAGAACUUUGUUACUAAUAAUGAUUCCUAUGAGUAACAUUAUCUCUGGUUAUAUUAAUGAAGUUCAAAAUUGAAGAUGAGAACAUUUUAAAUAUUGAAAAGUCAACACUUUGAAGCUUUGAACACAUAUUUAUCUCGUAAUUUUUUUAUAUAUGGAAUUCAAACUAACAAAAUAUUUUUAGUAGCAAUGAUCUUGGUGCCCCCCACUGAUGUCUUAUAUUCAUUUAACUGCUUAUUCAUUCAGUGCGUUCAAUGUUAUGUUUGCACAAUGCUCGAGUCCACACAGCUCUGAUAAAAGAAUAAUUAAAUAUUCAACAUCUUGUGUCAGAAUGUGGUGGACUGGAAUACUGGACUGGGGUGAGAUCUGAUGACUAGGCAGAACUGGAACAAGUAGGAUCCAAAAAAAGUUUGAGUGACUUAUAAGACUUAUAUAAGCCGUCAUAACAUGACAUUUUUCUAAGUAAUCGAAUCAAAGUUUUGUCUAUGACACUGACAUUGUAAACUAGCUUUGUAAAAAGUAACAUUGUGUUGCACUAUUUUGAUCACAUGUUGUUAAAUAAGUUGCUUUCCAUGGGUUUUGAUCAUUCUGCUUACAGCCGGUUCAAAUACUGUAUAUCUUUCUGGUAGAGCUUAAACUGUUGUUGCCGAUUGCUUAAAAUCAAGUCCCCAACUUGUUAAGGGCCAAUAUUAGUUCCCCUGCUAUUCAUUCUAUCCAUAAAUAAUAUUUAUUUUCCAACUCAAUACUGAAAUGUGUCUCACAAACACGUCAUUAGCAGAUGGGAAAUGGAGAAAUAGUUUAUUUAACAUUAGGCAAGCUAAAAUGCCUACUGUUAAAGAGUACUUAUAAAGAGUACCGUCUAGACCUGCUGUAUAGGAAAAGUGCAAUGAGAUAACUUCUAUUAUGAAUUGGUGCUAUAUAAAUUAAAUUGAAUUAAAUGAAUGAUGUUCAAAUACUGCAAAUACUGAUAGCAGCACAAAUGUAUGUUGGUUCAGGAAUGGGUACCAAUUUAAGACCGGGCCUCUGUACCCAUCUUUACUCAAGUCUUACCAGUGGACUUUUUAAUUUUUAUAACUGUCUCAAUUUAAACAAAAAAGUACCAUGUACAGGAAAAUAUAAAAUUGUGUUUUUUGUUGAAACACAUUUAAUUACAAACAUCUUGGCUCACAUUUACUUAGCGUUAUCUUUUUCUGUAGGAUGAAAAGGCUACAGCUAUAUGUUUCCAUUUAUUUGUUAUAUUUAAAUUCCACAGAUGUCGAAAUUCAGUUUUAAAGUCCCUUCAGACCCAUAGUCCCACAGAGAGGAGUUUUCACUUAUGUUACCUAAUUACGACUGUGGGCAUGCCCAAACUGCAAGUUCAUAAUGGCCAUAAAGUGAAGAUAAACAUUUUAAAUGUUGAAAAGUCAAGACUUUUAUAUGUUUAAACUAUAUUUGUUAAUAUAUGGAAUUGAAACUAAUAAAAUAUUUUUGUUGCAAUUA